AUGAUCCAUCUGGCAACUGGAAAAAACCCUUUCAUCGCUUAUGGCUUCUAUGGCUGCCACUGUGGCCUAGGUGGGAACGGAUCCCCCAAGGAUGAAACAGACUGGUGCUGUGCCAGGCAUGACUGCUGCUACCACCUUCUGAGGAAACGUGGGUGUGGCACAAAAUUUCUGAACUACAAAUUUACUGUAACAGGGGACAAAAUCCAGUGCAGUGCAAACCAAGACUACUGUCAGACUCAGGUGUGUCAAUGUGAUAAAACUGCUGCCUACUGUUUUGCUGAAAACCAGAAAAGCUACAAGAAAAGAUACCAGUUCUUUCCCGACCUGUUUUGUCAUGGAAAAGGACCCACUUGCAAAAACUCCCUCUUCUCAGACACCUUGCCACACGGUUCUGAGUCUUCUCCUCUAAAUCCACUCCCUCUUUCAAUCAAAUUCCUGAAGGAUAAAUAG